AUGCCUCAAAAAGUCUAUGUCACAUACAACCAGGUCCACAAGCUAUGCCAAACGUCCGCUGACCAAAUCUUGAACGCCUUUCAUCCCAACCUGAUGAUCGCCAUCGGCGGAGGCGGUUAUGUUCCUGCUCGCAUUCUCCGAUCUUUCCUGAAGCGCCCUGGCGACCCCAACAUUCCUAUCCAGGCCAUCGGCCUCUCAUUAUAUGAGGACCUCGGCCGCGGUGAUCCCGAGGAAGUCCCUGGCACAAAGGUCACUCGUACACAAUGGCUGGACUUGAGCUCUCUGGAAAUGGCCAAUCUCAUUGGCAAGAACAUUCUCAUCGUCGACGAGGUUGAUGACACACGGACAACUCUGGAAUAUGCCGUUCGAGAGCUGCAAAAGGAUGUUGAGAUUGCGCAGAAGCAGCUUGGCCGCGAAGGCGAAAAGACGAAUUUCUUCGUGUUUGUGCUACACAACAAGAAUAAGUCGAAGAAGGGACAGCUGCCUGCGGAUAUGAUGGAGUCGGGCCGCUACCACGCUUCUGUCACUACAGAGGAUGUCUGGAUUUGCUAUCCUUGGGAGGCCAAGGAUAUCGAUGAGCACGACGCUCUGGCCAAGGCAAACCCUCUCGUUUAA